AGCGGAACACGGUGGCACGGUUAAAAUUAGUAGUAAGUAAUCUGGUGACCCUUGUUUCCCAGCACCUAAUGCGGUACUCUGCAACUUUUAUUCACACCCCGACCCCUAGAAGAGGAUGGCAUCCGCGCUUACGAACAGCUUGCACGUACUACAUAUUGGAUUGACAGCGAGUGUCUACCUCUUGGUGCUCACCCCCCAGUUGGUAUAGGUCCAAUCGUACUAAAUGUUGCAAAUGGCCUAGUGGGUGCUGUGAGUAACUAAUCUACUCGAUGAAGACAGACCAUGAGCAACAUGAACGGGAGCGCGUCGAUGUAUCCAAUGCAGCCACCAGUCGGGUUUCCGGGAAACCUCACUCCAGCGCAGUCACAAGUGCUCGAGGAGGUGCGGCGGCGCUUUGCCGUACAGGCAACGGUCGACGCAGCAUUUGGUAUCAAUCGGUUUGGUUUUGCCUGGAGUUUUAUGUUUCCUCAAGAGAAAAAGAUUGUUCAAUGUGGCCUACGUCAAUGAUGAAAUUCAUGCUGGUUCACAUGGUAGAACUGCUGCACUCAUUCUUAAGGUCGAAAUACGAAAACGAACCACCUCACAGGAAACACGAUGGUGCUAUUGAAGUUUUGUCGCGCGCGCGACUUCAACUUGGAGAAGGUAACUGACCUGUUGAACCGUCAUUUUCAAUGGCGCACGAAGCCAUUAUUUCCGAAUCCAAGCGCGAAGAUGGGGGCGCUGAGCGCAGUUCCGGUGUUUCAGCUGCACGUUUCAGGUGCUAGUGCGAGCAUCCAGGCCCGUAUCCCACAGCUGAACAAAUACUACCCGACGGGGUAAGGCGGAAUGAAGUCGUGUUGUUCUGUUUGAAAAGCAAAAAUAACCAUUACCGACGUGCUGGAGAGGAUUUGUUUUUAAUUGGUUCCCUUGGCGUGGGUCUCUCUGACGCUGACCGUUGCCGAUUGCAAAUAAAGGGGCGUAGUUUAAAGCACAAUAGAUCUGCCACUACCUCCUCCUCGAACUUCUUCAGGUACCACGGUACGACCAAGACAGGUAUGCCUCUGUACAUCGACUGCGUGGGAAAAAUCGACGCGGGCGGGUUGUUUUCCGUUGCCACGGAAGAGGAGAUCAUCGAGUAUUUCAUUUCAGAGUGCGAGCGCCGGGACUGCAUCCGCUUCCCGUGCUGCUCCCUGGCGGCGGGACGCCUGAUCGAAAGCUCCGUGGCCGUCAUCGAUCUGUCCGGACUAUCUUUCCGCCUGGUCACGCACGCCAUGAUUCGGAAGCUGAUCAAGUUUCUGUCCGCGAUAAAUCAGGACCACUACCCCGAGACCCUCCACCGCAUGUUCAUCGUCAAUGCGCCGCGGGUGUUUUCUCUAGCUUGGAGCUUUGUGAAGCCCUUGCUGGAUGAAAAAACUCUGGAGAAGAUUUCAAUCUACGGAAGCGGUAAGUAGUGAAGACGAAGCUUCGUUGAUCGUGCGCAUUGAUUCUUCUUGAAGUAGAUCUUGGCACAACGAGAUUCCGUUGCUCGCACUACCUUUGCAGCCAGCGAAUUUUUAAGCAACGGAAGUUCUGCCGCUGAGUCUUAUUUGGCACUGCGGUACUACUUACCCUUACGCGAACGACAGGUAUAUAACUGAGAAUCAAGCAAAUUUUUCUGUCAAAAAUCAUCCAGAUUUCUACCCGGCGCUAUGUGAGAUUGUGGACGAAGAGAACAUACCGAAGUUUCUUGGGGGGAAGCAUGGUGACGGGGUUGACCGCGGUUUGGCCGACAUCGGCCCUUGGAAUCGCCCCGAACUGGUUCGUGUGCUAUCAUUUGUAAAAACGUCCCCACCCCAGAGUCAAAAUGGGGAUUUUGCAACACAAACCUGAAAGUUUUGGGAGCCACGCAUGACAAGUUGCAGGCUGUAGUGUAAUGCAGUUUAGCAAGGGAAGCCGCAUAACAAAUCCAUCUCCUUGUCCUGUUGACAGCAUUACAACUUCCAAAACACGAUGGGAAAUGCCUCUCAUGGGGAUGCGCAUUACAAAUGCUCUUGUGCUUGCAGAUCUGCAUGACAACUAUGGGGUGGGGACGUUUUUACUCAGGAUAUGUCCUGCAAGAACACCACUGGACGGAAGUGCAGAGUGCGGCCUUCCUAUCCAGGUUUGUGCAGGACCAACAGCAGCAACAAGCUGUCGAGAUCGAUAGGCCCGAGUCCCGCACGAGUCUGGAAUCGAAACUGACCGCGGCCAGCGCCAGCUCCACCGCCGCAGGCAGCGCGACGGCACUCAGCUCCUCCCGAACGGUGGCGGAAGUAGAGGUGCAGCAGCAGCAACAGCACAGUACUAGCGCAGUACUUGCUCCAACGCAGCGAGUUGUGCAGUCUCCAUCGUCCGCAAUAAAUGGCAGCCAGAAUCCGCCGCACACGCCGCCACCGCUGCUGCCGGUGCCCACUCUGGAAGACGAAGUGUUGGCUUAUUCAGGUGGUGGGGCCGCGAGCGUGCCAAUCGGUAGUUCGCAGCCAGGUAGCGUCGGACCGGUGCCCUUGCCCUCGUACCGGAUGGGCGGAUCGGGCACUGCUCUUGUCACGACGAAUGCAAAAUCCACAUCAACAGCUUCCAGUUCUUCGUCAAGCGAAGAGACCAGUAGGCAGAAAAAUAACGACAUGCUCUCGAAGAAUCUUCUGGACGCCUACCGAGCGGCAGACCCCGCGGCGCAGCAGAUGCAGCAGCCCGGUUUGAGCAGCGUCGGAGGUCCUCUUCAACAAGCGUCUAGUAGCUCGACCCCUGCUGUUCCCCCUCCACCACCGCCCCCUCCGCCCGACCCAACGCGCGAAAGCACCAGCGGAAGCAGUCGGCCCACGGUCCAGACCUCGUUCGAGAGCGGCUCCGUGGAGGAAAACGACGUGGAUCACUUGUUGCAAGACAUCAUCGCGGGCGAGUCGCCGAAUGGGUUUCGGUCCCUCACCUACUCGCAUGUGGACGUCGCGGCGAACAAAGCCGCCGCUGCAGCUGCGUCCUCCAGCUCCGCUUCCACGCCGGUGCAGCCACACGCGUCGUCGAGUAGCGGCCCCAGUCGGAGUAGCAGCAGCUACGCCUCGCCCGUCCCGGCGCACUUGCAGCAACGGAAUAAAAUGGAGAUUGACACGGCGCUGUCCCCCCGCACGAGCCAGUUGCAGCAGGGCUACACGUCGGAUUCCGCAGCCUACCACAGCGACUACGGGAGCGCGAGCGACGGCGCGUGGGCUUCCGCAAGAGGCGAAUCGUCUGACACGAGUAGUCUGACGCCCUCCUCAGAGCGCGACGACAUUUUGGAUGACUGGCGCAACGCGAACAACAUGCGCAUCGGAAGGAAAAGCGGAAACACACCGAUAGCAACCUCGCCGCUGUACUGUCCGCCCAGCGACCUGGCAGAUCUGAACAACAAGUAUGUGAUGCCAGGCACGAUUCAGACGGGUACUGCUGCAAGCGGUGCAACAAUUUCGACCGGAGGUCCGGUUUUGCUCGGUAGAGCAGGCGAUGUUGGCACCACUUCGAAGCAGUCCCUUGGCACCUCCAGUAGCGGGCCGUCGCGCCACGGAAGCAAGCAGCGGUCGGAAGGCGAGUCCGAGCCAGGAAUAGAAAGAGGGUCUACGAUAAUAUCGGGGGAACAAAAUCCAGCCCCGGAGCAGGUGCCGCCAGCCGCUUCCGGUCACGAACUCCUGCUACAGGAGUUUGACGUGCUGCUAAUGGAGCUCGCGAACCUGGAGUCCCGGCACAUGGAGACGCUGCGGGCGUGGGGCCACACGCAGACCCUGCUCGCGCAGGAGAUCUCCGAGCACGCGGUGGAGCGCGCGGCGAAGUACUACGACGCGUUCUUCGCGCGAAAAGACGCGCAGGACGAGGUGUCCGCGCUCACGCACGAGUUCCAGCAAGUGUCGCAGGCGUUGGACGCGCGCAAAAACGAGGCGGACCGGUUACGAAAGCGGCUACAAAAGCUCGACAUAUACGACCAGGAUCUACUACUGCGAAGAUCAGGAAAUCACAGCUCGUCCUAUAACAGCUACGCCGCGAGCGGGCAGCCACAGGACGGCACCACGACGGCACCACCGCUGCUGUCCACCAGCCCGGGCGGCACCUACUUUGGCCCCGGGGAGGAGCAGAAGCAGCUGAUGCUCACCCUCCAAGAGCUGCUGGACGGCCAGCAGCGCUACGUGUCGCGGGGGUUGCAGAUCGAGGAGCAGUUGCGGACCGCUUUGGCGGAGUUGAAGGUCAAUCAGGAGCGGUUCGAUGUUUUGUCCAAGGAUCACUGGUACUGCUCCUGGAACUGCUCUGUGGUGCGCGCGAAGAAGUACUACCAUACGAAGCACGAGCACGAGAAGAUUGUGGAGUCGGAGAUGCGCCAGAUUGAGUCGGUGCACAAGCGACUGCGCGCGGUGCAGAUUUUGCGCAAGCGCGCCCAACUCACGGAUCAGCAGGGGGUGGCGAAGCCCUGGCCCACGGUGGAGUCCCGCGAGGGCAUGGAAAAGAAAUUGUUCGAGAUCGAAAGUCUGCUCGGGCCAAAACGAAAUCGAAACGAGGAGGAGUUCUGGUCCUGUGAUGACCUUUAAGCACUGUGGCUGACUCGACGACGCUGCGGCUGCACUUGCUUCCGCUCGAGAGUCAUCGGUCGGUGGUAUUACACACUCGUAUCGCCUGAUCAUGUUCUGCUAAUGUUGGCAACGUCGGC